AUGCUCUCCUCCAGUCCGUCACCUCCCGCCAAGCGUACCCUCACGCCGUCCCCUCCCAAACGUCUGUUCCCAAUCUUCUUGAGCAAACCAGACAUCUCGCCCUCAUCUUCCUCCUCGGAUGCCGACUUCAACAAGUCUAAACGCGCAAAGAUUCACACUUCAACGUCGUCCCACAAGGCGUCUUCAAAACGUUCUCGGCCAAGCAGCGAAACCGAGGAGAUCCCGCCGACGCGCACGUCGCUCCCAAACUACUUUGCCCCAACCGUGCCAUUGCGAGUGGCUUUGUGCUCGCGCAAACCAUACCCAGUCGAGACCCCGGCUGUGAUCAGCACUCAUCCACAAGUGUGGAGACGGUCGCGCAAGCGUCUUGGGCAGCCUGCCCUGGUCCCAAGCAAUACGCGACCCAUCCGCGUCACAUACCUCUCCUCUCUGGUAACGGGGUUGACUUCAAACACGGCUUCACCGCCCUCGACUGUCAUGAUGCCUUCACUGAACAACCCAACUGGCCACGAUCGCGACUUUGAUCCCUCGCUGGUGGUCGCAUUCAACAACUGUGCGAGAAUGUAUACUUUGGACGAGGCCAAGCAUUUGGCCAAAAAGAGGCUUCUCGCUAUUGGGAGUGAAGAAGGUGCAGUGAGGAUUGUCGACAUUGAUGAACCCCAAGAAAAUGGGUCCUCAGGCGGCCUCUGGUGGCAAGCCCACGCCAAUGGUGUCUUUGAUCUCAAAUGGACGUCCAACGACUCACGUCUGCUCUCUGCAUCAGCUGAUCAGUCGCUGAGACUUUACGACGUGUGCUCGGGCAAUCCAAAAGUUCUCGCUACUCUCCGUGGACACACCUCAACUAUCAAGGCAACCGUUUUCCUCGACGCCAAUCGCGGAAGCAACCCCGUGUACGACUGCAAUAUUGUGGCAUCGGGGGGUCGUGACGGAAACAUCAACAUCUACGAUCUUCGAUGCCAAGGAGUCAGCCUCGGCGAUGACGAGAGAUCCGUGUCGCGAACGAUCACCAGUCUUGUCGCACUAGAGUCGAUGCCAGGUAUCCUCGCCUCGGGUGGUUCGUUCGACGGAGUGGUGAAGCUUUGGGACAUUCGCUGUCCCGACUCGACCUCAUCAAUGCGACCCAAGGCCACACCUUACGGGGUCCUGCCAGACCCCACCAUUGCUGGAGCGAAUCCAGCGCGCCGUGCCCGUUCCAUCAAUGCUCUCUGCGAGCAGACUUCGAACGGCGACCUCUAUGUUCUGAGUGGUGAUUCCAAAAUCCACAUUCUGCGACCCUCUGCUGCCAAGGAAAGCCUUGUGGACCCGACCGACGCAAUUCUCGGUCAAAAGUUUGUGCAUCCCGACCUCGUCACCCGCUCGUUUUAUAUUCGAAUGUCGCUUUCGCCAGAUGGCCGAUACUUGGCUUGCGGCUCGAGUCACGCAGGUGUCAUGGCAUGGGACACAACUCAAGUUGGCACGUGUACUUCUGACAUUGUGGCGUCCCGCCUCCGCAUCCCGGCGUACGGCGACCAUUCCCCUGAGGUUAUUGGUGUCGACUGGGCAAAGGAUGCUCUGGCGGCUUCGUCUGACGACUGUGUGACUCGACUGUGGCGUGCCAACCUCGAAAUUGCACAGAAGGUGCGAGAGGAUCCAGCGGGAAGCGGUCGUGACUGGAGCGGUAUUGUAUGA